GCAAGGGGUGACAUUCAACACCGCACCAGCCAUUUCUAGUCCUCACUACUACCACUUUAGCAGAUCUUUUUAACUGCAGGAACCACCUGUUUUAUUUAUUCGUUCCAUUCCUCAAUAUUAUCAAUAGGAUAUUUUACGCUUGUCACAGAACCUCCUUCCGGGUUAAUGAACGACAUCAAGAAUAAGUAAUCUUCUUGUUACCGUGGCAGAAACAAAGGAUAAAGAUUCAUGGUUCUAUGGCCACUGUUGCAAAUGUUUUACAUUACCAAGUACUAUGGACAUCCGAUAAGGUAAAGAAAGCAAAAGUAUGGAAAGAUGGGACUAUGCGGUUUCACACAUUUAACAAUCGUGGUAUUUUAUAUGAUUCAGAGAAUCGUGUCAUAGAUGAAUCUUUUGUAUUUAAUCAAAAAGUCCAAGUCGAUGCUCAUCUGGAAUUGAACCGUACACUAAUAUAUAUCGAGGACUUACAAGCAACGACAUCAAAGGAAAUUCCACCGCUCCCAUCCAAAUCAACUCGUCCUUUGUACUUAACAAAACCGUUUCAGGCUCCUUCUCGUUCUUCUUCCUCAAUUCCAUCAUAUCAACAGCCUUCUUUUGUCAGGUCGUCAAACGAAGCAGGUCAUCUUCGGUCUCUUAACGAAAAAUCUUCCAUUGGUCAAAAGAAUAACGCCCCAUCUUCUUUCCUUCGGUCCUCUAAAUAUAAUUUACAUGGCUAUAAAAGUUCUGGAAACGAUCCGCCGACAGUCGCACCGAAAAAUACCUUGCCUUCAGCGUCUCCUACUAUAAGCUCUAUAUCUUCUGAAAAACAUUUUACUCCGCAAGCCGAGUUACCUGGUAAUCCUGCAACGUUUAAACCGCCGUUGAAAAGCAAUAUAACUACCAUCUCUCCUGACUCUGUCAAAUCUCAGGCUUCAAAACCAACCAGAGUUGCUUGUAUUCCUGUCCUUCGAAGACCCAAAUCUCCUCCAUCUUCAAAUAUCUUCAAUAACGAUCCAUUAGAAAACUUUGAUGAGGAUAAUAUUGAUUCCGAUUUUUUUUCUUCCCCUUCACCAGAUUAUGAGUCUACACCGCCAUUUCUCAGUGAACCAAUGGAUGCUGGUCAUUCUUUGGGUAAUUCUAAUCCCUUUUUAUCUUCAUCUUUGUCGGAGCCAAUGUUGACCAGUUCGGGAUCUGCUUCUGGAGCGACGCUACCUCCAUGUGAUGAAAAGACGGAUGUAUCCCAUCCCUUUGAAAAGUCGCUUUCUUUUCCUUGUAUGGAAAAUUCAUACGAGAGAAAUGGUUUACAUACCUCAUCCGUAAAGAAGAGUCCCUUACUUCGGUUGCCAAUGCCGCGUUUACGAAGGCCAGUUGGAAAAAGAAGUAAUUAUAGUAAUGUCACAACUACGGAUCCUUCUAAAAACCUUUAUGAGAGAGCAAUACAGAGUACUUCACUGUUAGCUGCUCAACCAAGCUUACCCGAAAAUACGGAUCCAGAAAUACCAAAUUCCCCGGAAUUUUUGGAAAGCGAUAAUGAAGAAGAUGUGAACACUGAAAGCAUAAAUUCAAAAAAUACUGAAUCAGUUUCCCCUAUAACUUUGCCGAAUAAUAAGACGUUAAAACCAGCUGCUUUCCGUCCACCUUCUUUUGUUCCAAAACCCAAACUUACAAAUGAUAUUUCAACUUCAAAUGCAUUGAAUCGAUCAAAUUCAUCCAUUUCCGCUCUGAAUGUUGGUAAUCCUUUAGUGAAACCGGCUACUCAGCUACAGUCCGCUUUAACGAAACCUUCAGGGCCCUCUCUUCGGACAGGGAUGCUCCUUUAUGGAAAAUACUCAAAGCGAAUUAAUGAUUCGAAGGGAAAGGAAAAGGUCAAAGCAUUACCAAAAGAUUUUCCUUCAUUAGCAUUGCAUAAUACAGGAAGGAUUACAGAAAAACCGUUUUCGACGCCAUCGUUUUCCAAUGCGGAAAAUUCCGUUUUCCCUUUACAAAACAAUUUAGCAGAUAGGACUGCUUCUCCAAAUUCUACACAACAAUCUUCGAACUAUUCCAAGACUUUAUUGCAGAAUAAACGACAAUCAAAAGCCAUGGAAUUAUCAACACCACUUGCAAAAGACAUUAAGGAUGACGAGAACUUACCUUUUCAUCCAUCCCCAUCCUCACAAAGAAGAAUUCCAACGGGGACUCCUCGUAAAACCCGCAACUAUUCACCCAUACAGAGGUUCUCUUCCGAAUGCAGUGACUUGCCUUUUGUUAAUUCCAUCGAUAUAUCGUCCACCGCUAGUAAAAUAAAAAGGAUAAAGCUUAACAUGCUUCAAUUUAAAAUUCACGAUUCAAACAAUAAAAAGUUGAGCGUUGAAGAAGAAGAAAAGGAUUUUAUAUAAAAAAGACAACGGAUUGAAAUGCAUUUGGAAGUCCCUAGUUUGAAUGGAUCAGGAAGGAGCUAACAAGUGUACUGUUUUUUUCUAUUUAAGCAUGUGUAUAUGUAACGAUUUUUGUUUUUGAUUUAUGUUCAUUAUGUUCAAUAAUAUUAUUAUUUAGUUUAUAAUCAAUUGUAGUUUUCUG